AUAAGGAAGUCGAGUGACUUUAGACUGGGCCCCUCUCCUUUCACCUGUGGGAAAGUUUCCAUGACUGUGGAAGAAGCGCUCCUUAAAGGACAGAGGCAUUGUUAAAGACUUCAGCAGUCAGCAGAAAUAUCAGGGGGAGGGAUGAAUGGAGAGCAGCGGGGCAGACAUCCCUCUCUCCGGCUCUCUCUGCGGUCACUCAGCUGCUGCUGGCCCCCGCACUCACAGCCAAAUGUCAGGCCGCAGGGUUGGCUUCUGUCUCAGCCAUAAGAAACGCAGGAGGAUGAACCUGGACGCGUUUGCAGACUUCUGUGCGGGCCAUGGAGUAGAAGUGGUGGAGAUUGACCUUGCGCAGCCACUGGUACCCCAGGGACCCUUUGACGUUAUCGUUCACAAGCUGUCUGAUGUCAUCGUGGAGGCUGAGCAUGACAGCCAAUCGCAGCAGCUCCUUGCCAACUUCCAGAGUUAUGUGUCAGCUCAUCCCAGUACAGUUCUUCUGGACCCCCUGCCCGCCAUGACCCAGCUACUAGACCGCUUUGCCUCUUAUCGGAUCAUGAGCAAGCUCCACAAUUCACUCCGAGACUGGCGUAUCUGCAGUCCGCCUUACCUAGAGAUCCACAGUGACAGUGACCUGUCAUCCAUUCAACAGGCUGUGAUGACCCAGGGCCUAAGCUUUCCUCUCAUUUGUAAAACCAGAGUGGCACACGGCUCACUUUCCCAUGAGAUGUCUCUGAUCUUCAGUGCAGGGAGUCUGGCUGAUAUCCAUCCUCCCUGUCUGCUCCAGAGCUUUGUCAACCACGGAGCUGUUCUGCACAAGGUGUUUGUGGUUGGAGACAGGCAUUUCUGCGUAGAGAGACCCUCGCUCAAGAACUUCCCCUCCGGUCCCUGUGACCGGAAAACCAUUUUCUUUAACAGCCAUCAGGUGUCAAAGCCAGAGUCAAGCUCUGAUCUUACAGCUCUGGAUGAGCAGAUGCCCUGCCUGCCUCCCCCCAGCUCAGAGGCCGUGGCCGCCCUGGUCAAAGAGCUACAAGUCCAGCUCGGCAUGGCCUUGUUCGGCGUGGACGUCAUCAUUAACAUACACACACACACUCUCACCGUCAUCGACAUCAACAUCUUCCCAGGCUAUGAGGGAGUGCCCCAGUUUUUCUCCUCUCUGCUUAGCCACAUUGAGUAUGUGUUGGACAAACAGACCUCUGCUGGUCCCCAGGCUACAGGCUCUCCUGAGUCAGCACAGACUACAAGUGGUCCAUGUCCUGCAACAACUGGCCUUUGAGUCACCUCAGGAACAGAUCGCAGGUUGUUCUGUGUUUCAUCAGCUUCCUAGGACAAAUAAAGUCAUCGGCACCGGCUUUUUCGCUGUUUCGUUGGGACCAAACUCAGCUGUUUCCAAGACUUUGCUUCAAUUGUAAGAAGUUAUUUAUUUGUAAUUUGUUAACAUGACUUGAUCCUAAAGUGUAUCCCCUGUAAAUCACACUAAUGAUUUUGUACUGUUAAGUGAUUCUGUUCUCUUAACAAGUCGACAAACCAAACGACAACAAGUAACAGUUUAAUACACUUUGCGUUUAUUGAUUGACAGGUAGCAUAGAAGAAGAUACAGCAGGCACAAAAUACAGCACUCUGACUGGCCAGUAACAUUACAAAUGGUGUUUUUGUUAUAAUUUUUCUUUCCUGUUGUUCGAAAUGUCCUCUAUGCCCUUGUGUCACCCCCCUGCAGACAUUUCCUACGUCUUCCUUGCUGGUUUGUAAGAUACAUUUUGUGGAAACAUUUUUGCACUUCUAUAGAAAAAAGAAAACUACAGUACAUUAAUUUUUCAUUUAUUCGCAAGUGAACAAACAUCUCAUCUUUGGAAUAGACAGUAAUGAGCGUGAGAAUCAGUGUUGACUGAUCAUAUGUGUUAUUUUUACUACGUGUUUACACAAGUCGACCGGCUACUUUGCCAGUGUUGAAAUACAUAAAUGUAUUGUAAAUCUUGGCUGUGUAGAAAAAGAGAUUAUAUCUGCUGUAUGAGUACUAUAUGAUGCAUUUGGAAUACAUAUUUAAAUAUAUUAAAUAAUUCAUUAUUUGGCUAAUUAUUGCAUUCAUAUGUGCUCUAUUCUAUAUUGUGUUAUUGCAGUAAGUGGGCCUCCAAUGGCAACCCUGUUUACCCUGCAACUGUGUGCAUUUCUACCCAGUGUCCUCUUGGGGGCGCUGUUGCUUCAUAUUUCCUAUGACCUUGGCUUACAGACCAUGAUAUCUGAUAUUUACACAAAUGACAUGACUGCCAUGAAAACUGUGAUGUAACACUACUGAGCAUUUAUCAAUGUUAUUGUUACCAAAAGACAGAAUGGCUUUAGUGUCUCCCUCUUCCCUCGACUACUCCUUGGCUUGUUAAGAUAAGAGUGCAAAGCUGGCUGAGAACCUGAAGUGACACUUUUAGACCUUGUAAGCUCUAAGUACAUCACGUACUGACGCCACAUACUAACCACACUCAAGACAAACUUAACAUCUGACAUGUGUGUCAGCGUGCAGACUUUUCACGUUUUGUUCGCGUCACCCUGGUUCGUCACAAACAGUCUGGUUUUAACAGUGCGUGAGCCAAAUGAAACACAAUCCUUGUUUCUACUUUAUCAUCAAAGAAACGGAGAGGAAAUAAUGACUUACUCCUGUGUAGAAAUAUAAGUAAUGCAUAUUUUUAACAGUCAAAACAGCAGGAACAGCUUACAUCAAUUAUUGCACAAAAUAGAUAUUGAAAUACACAUAUUACUUAUAGUAGGGAAUCAGUUUUUCCCACAAAGAACACACCAUCAAGGAUGAUACCUUCAGAGAAAAGAAGCACUGCUUGC